UUUCACGACGUCGGCGGUGAAAGGCCCCGAAAAUUCUUCGACUUCCCCCGCCUGCGGCUGGGUGAAAGGCACCGCGAUGUUCGGUGCGGGAGACGAAGACGACACCGACUUCCUUUCGCCUAGCGGCGGUGCCAGAUUGGCAUCUCUUUUUGGACUGGAUCAGGCAUCUGCUGGCCACGGAAAUGAAUUCUUCCAGUACACAGCCCCGAAGCAGCCUAAGAAAGUCCAGGGAACAGCAGCAACAGGAAAUCAGGCAGCACCAAAACCAGCACCCAGUACCACAGGCACUUCUACCGUAUUGGUUGCAACGGCCGUCCAUGCGUAUCGAUACACAAAUGGGCAGUAUGUGAAGCAGGGCAAGUUUGGCGCCGCAGUCCUGGGGAACCACACAGCCAGAGAGUAUAGGAUUCUUCUGUAUAUCAGUCAACAACAGCCAGUUACUGUUGCCAGGAUCCACCUGAACUUUGAGCUCAUGGUUCGGCCCAACAACUAUGGCACCUUCUAUGAUGACCACAGACAAAACUGGUCCAUCAUGUUUGAGUCGGAAAAGGCCGCUGUGGAGUUCAAUAAACAGGUGUGCAUUGCCAAGUGCAACAGCACCCCCUCCCUAGACGCAGUGCUCGCCCAGGACCUCGUUGUAGUAGAGGGCCCUGCUGUAGAAGUCGGAGAUUCUUUGGAAGUGGCCUAUACCAGCUGGCUCUUUCAGAAUCAUGUGCUGGGCCAGGUUUUGGAUUCUACUGCUAACAAAGAUAAGCUGCUUCGCCUGAAAUUAGGAUCAGGAAAAGUCAUCAAGGCCUGGGAGGACGGGAUGCUGGGCAUGAAGAAAGGGGGCAAGCGGUUGCUCAUCAUCCCUCCAGCCUGCGCCGCCGGCUCUGAAGGGGUAAUCGGAUGGACUCCUUCGCCAGACUCAAUCCUGGUGUACGAGGUGGAGAUUAGGCGGGUCAAGUUUGCCAGAGAUUCUGGCUCUGACGGGCACAGCGUCAGCUCCCGCGAUUCUGCCGCCCCUUCUCCCAUUCCAGGUGCGGACGGCCUCUCUGCUGACUCUGUUGUAUCGCCACCAACAUCGGUGCCUUUCAAGGCAGGGGAGCCAGCCCUUCGUAUGAAAUCUAACUCCCUCAGUGAGCAGCUUACAGUAAAUACAGUGAGUAUGCAGAAUCCUGAUACAGUCAAAGCCAAGUUGAUCUCUCGGAUGGCUAAAAUGGGCCAGCCCAUGCUGCCCAUCCUUCCGCCACAGCUGGAUUCCAAUGAUUCAGAAAUCGAGGAUGUGAACGCUGUGCGAGGAGCUGGGCAGCCCCUGGCACCUCCGUCCAUGCAGCCCCCUCUCCAGCCUGCGCAGCCAGUGCUACCACAGGUGACCUCACAAGCACCUCAGCCAUCUGUUCCUGGGCUCCAAGCACCUUCUGCUGCCUUAAUGCAAGUUGCAUCUCUCGAGUCGCACUCAGCUGUGUCUGGAAGUGCCCAGUCCUUUCAGCCCUAUGCAGGUGUGCAGGCCUACGCUCACCCCCCCGUGUCCGCGGUCACGUCCCAGCUGCAGCCCGCGCGGCCCCCGUACCCCACUCCGCUCUCUCAGUCUCCCCAUUUUCAAGGAUCCAGUGACAUGGCUUCAUUUCUCAUGACUGAAGCCCGGCAGCAUAACACUGAAAUCCGAAUGGCAGUCAGCAAAGUGGCUGAUAAAAUGGAUCAUCUCAUGACCAAGGUCGAAGAGUUACAGAAGCACAGUGCUGGCAAUUCCCUGCUGCUUCCCAGCAUGUCCGUUACGAUGGAAACCAGCAUGAUUAUGAGCAACAUCCAACGAAUUAUUCAGGAAAACGAAAGAUUGAAGCAAGAGAUCCUGGAAAAGAGUAGUCGCAUAGAAGAGCAGAAUGACAAGAUUAGUGAACUAAUUGAACGAAAUCAGAGGUAUAUUGAGCAGAGUAACCUGAUGAUGGAGAAGAGGAACAACUCACUUCAGACAGCCACGGAAAACACACAGGCAAGAGUAUUGCAUGCUGAACAGGAGAAGGCCAAGGUGACAGAAGAAUUAGCAGCGGCCACCGCUCAAGUCUCGCGUCUGCAGCUGAAAGUGACCGCUCACCAGAAGCAAGAAACGGAGCUGCAGGUGCAGCUGACAGAAAGCUUGAGGGAGACAGACCUGCUCAGGGGCCGGCUCACCAAACUGCAGGCGGAGCUCUCAGAGCUCCAGGAAACCUCUGAGCAGGCACAGUCCAAGUUCAAAAGUGAAAAGCAAAGCCGGAGACAGCUGGAGCUCAGGGUGACCUCCCUGGAGGAGGAGCUGGCAGAUCUUCGGGCUGAGAAGGAAUCUCUGGAAAAGAACCUCUCUGAAAGGAAGAAGAAGUCCGCCCAAGAGCGCUGUCAGGCCGAGGAGGAGAUGGAUGAAAUUCGCAGGUCCUACCAGGAGGAACUGGACCGGCUUCGGCAGCUCUUGAAAAAGGCUCGGGUGUCAACAGACCCGGCAGCUGCAGAGCAGCUGUCUCUCGUACAGGCUGAGCUGCAGACCCAGUGGGAAGCAAAAUGCGAACAUCUGUUGGCCUCUGCCAAGGAUGAACACCGGCAGCAGUACCAGGAAGUGUGCGCGCAGAGAGACGCCAGCCAGCAGGAGCUGCUCCGCCUUCAGGAAGAGUGUCUAGCUCUCCAGGCCCAAGUGACAGCCCUGACAGAGCAAAAUGAACAGCACACCAAGGACAUGGAGAACAAGUCCCAUGUGUCCGGGGUUGCAGCUGCUGCCACUGACCCCUCAGAGAAGGUCAAGAAGAUCAUGAACCAGGUGUUCCAGUCCUUGCGGGGAGAGUUCGAGCUGGAGGAGUCUUACAAGGGCAGGGCCGUUCUGGGGACCGUCAUGAACACCAUCAAGAUGGUGACUCUCCAGCUGUUAAGCCAGCACGAGCAAGACCAGGGACAGAGCAGCAGUGAGGAAGAGGAGGAGGACGAAGAAGAGCGGCCGCGGGGACCGGCAGUCUCGGGCAGUGCCGCACUGCCUCCAGCGCCCCUGAGCAGGGAGACGCGGGAGCCCCCCCCACUGUCGUCGGAGCAGGCGGUCCGGGAGGCCGUCCCCCCGCCCCCUCGGGCCCUCCCCAUGCCCCAGAAAGAGGCUCAGGGAAGGGAAGGGGAGCCCUCAGAAGCAGAGGUGCUCUCAGAGAUAAAAGAGGUGUCCCUCUCACCUGAACUGACUUGUAUCCCCUCCCAGAGAGCUCUGGGACCGCCGACCUCAGUUCCCCCUCUGCCUCCGGGCCCUGUACUUGUGGACUCUGAUUGCGAGGAGACGCGUGCUGCCAGCCCACUGGAAAAUGCCUGUGUCCAGGAGCCAGAAAGUUCCACGACACUGUCCCUGACUUCACACCCCAUGAAGGGGGCCGCACUAGCCAUGGGGUCCGGAAGUCCGGGAGAAGAGCCUCAGCCUCCAGAGCUCAAGAAGGACAAGGAUGUCACCAGCUCCACCGUUCCCUGUAGGGAGCCAGGGGCCACAGAGGCGGGUUCUCUAGCUGUCGGAGCAGCAGGCGGGCUCAGCCCCUGUCCUCAGCAUGCUAGUCUCUCCGGGGACGAAGAAGAUGAACUGUUUAAAGGGGCAACUCUGAAAGUCUCAAGGCCCAAAGCACAGCCUGACGAGGAGGAUGAAGACGAGGUGAGCUUGAAGGGACGCCCACCCCCGACGCCCCUUUUUGGAGAUGAUGACGAUGAGGAUGACAUUGACUGGCUGGGAUGAAGCCCCAGGAAACUGGUGCGAGGGUUCUCGACCGCCCCUUCCCUAAGCGCGAUUUUGCACAGCCAGCCCGGGUCUAGACGAGCCACAGGGGUGCCGCAGGUGAGCGUUCUGAGGACAGCGGUGCGGAUCUGAGUUCGCCAGCUUCUGAGCGCCCCGCCCGGCUGGUCCGAGAGGAGCGUGAGCCUGUCUUCACAACGCUGGGGUCCCGCCUCAGUGUCCCGUUGGGAGGAAGGGCCGGUGGGUUGCCUCCAGCCAGUCACCUACAAGAGUCCUGUCCUCUUGCGAGCUGUUUAUUCUCUUCGCUAACUCAGACUGAUCUGCACCAGCAGCAGGACCUGUCGCCUCGGGGGCGGUGUCCCUGGUGGAGCCCAGGGCGCCUUACACUGGCUAAACCCCGGUUCGGUUAACAGCCUCGCCUGCAGUCCAGGGACAUGUGUCUUUUCUCUGCCUUAAAUCUGAUACAAGAGGUCAAUGAAUAUUUGAAACUAACAAAACUCAAAUAAAUGUCUUCAGUGAAACUUGACCCGA